AUGGCGGAUGUCACCUCGUCCUCAACUCUUCCAGUCUUGGACCAGCGUGCCGUCCAGCUGGCCCAUUCCCUCGACAUCUACCUUCAACUUAAAAUAAGACGGCGUUCGAUUCUCUCUGGUGACGAAAGACAUCUGAUCAAGUUCAUCACCUCGAACUACCUCCCCGACCAGACCCCAUACUUCCCACGACAAUUCUCUCGGUCAGAGAAUGGUUUGAAGCAGGCAGCUAAACUGUUGCGGCAAAACACAGAGCAACUCAGACAGACCCAGGAAUAUCUCACUUGGAAGGAGCAGUUACAAUCUCUUCUGACUAUUCCCCUUGAGAUACUGCUCCAAAUCACGAGUGGUCUGUCUACAAAGGAUCUGAACGCACUCACUCAAGUCAGUCGUUACUUCGAAUUUUCCUUGACCGACACCCUCUACCGCAGACACAAAGAUUCUGUUCUCCGGUGGGGCGUGAGGCGCGAAAUGCCAGGCACAGUAUGCAAGGCUCUUCAUGCUGGAGCCAAUCCAAACGUGAAAUACAGGGGAGAAUGGUCUGUUCUCUGGCGUGCCGUCUGCGGGCGAAACAAGGUGGCUCUGAGAGACCUGGCAAGGAUCGGGGAUUUUCAUCGAGUAUGGAGAGGGGAGUUUCUCGAUAAGACUACCCAGCUCGGCCAUCAGUCCCAGUACCAGAUUGUGCAGCUGUUGCUUGCAUUCGGAGCCGACCCGAAUACUCGAAUGCGCCAAAUGUCCGUGCUGUACUUGGCAUGCGUGCUUUCCAGCCAUGAACUGAUGAAAUUGUUGCUCAAGGCGGGCGCCAACCCCAAUGGCAAAAACAGUCGACACCAGACAGCCCUCCAUGCAGCUGCAUGGAAGAUGUGUUGGACGAGUAUUGAGCUUCUUAUGGAGACCCCAGGCAUUGACCCCGACCCGCAAGAUCUCCUUGGUUGCACUCCGCUGGCUUAUGGUGCCCGGACUCCUAUGCGCUUCCCAAUUUCUUCCAUGAAGAAAUUCAUGCAGAGGCCUGAGAUUAAUGUCAAUCAAGAAGACGGGGAGGGCAGGACUCCACUCUAUCACUCCAUCGAGGCAGGCAACCAUGCCGUGUCUCGAAUGCUGUUGAAAGAACCACGCGUGGAUCCCAAUGCAGGUGGUGAUGAAAAUAUGCCACUCUUUUUUGCCGUGCGCCGCAAUAUGACCCUCAUGGUCGAGCUGCUGUUGAGCCACAAGGGCAUUCGGCCCAACCUAGGAACUGCCUCGGGCCUAACGCCCAUUAUGCAGGCCAAAGCCGACCAUAACGAAGAUUUGGUUGGGUUGCUAUUAGCUGCUGGUGCUGAUUUCAAAAUACCUGCUUGCCCUAUGAACCACCGUGCUGAGCCGACCGACAAUUUCUGGUGA